AUGGUCCUCCUCCGCUCCAUCUACGCCACCAUGGCCACCGUCCUCCUGGGCGCGCAGUCCGUCGCUGCUGCCCCCGUCGCUGCCGCUGCCGCCGCUCCCGACCUCGGCUCGGACAUCUCCAGCGGCUUCCAGGAAGCCGGAGAAAAGAUUAAGGGUGUUUUCGAGCGCUGUGUUCCCGACGACCCGACCUCGUGCGGCUCUGGUAAUGUCAAGCGUGAAGCCGGUAUCUCGGAUCUGGGACAGGAUAUCAAGGGUGGUUUCGAGGAUGCUGGUGAUAAGAUCAAGGAUGCUUUCAUAAAGCGUGAACCCGGUAUUGCGUCCGACAUCAAGGGUGGUUUCGAGGAUGCCGGCGAGAAGAUCAAAGACGCCUUCACCAAGCGUGAACCUGGUAUUGCGUCCGACGUCAAGGGUGGUUUCAAGGAUGCCGGCGAGAAGAUCAAAGACGCCUUCACCAAGCGUGAACCUGGUAUUGCGUCCGACGUCAAGGGUGGUUUCGAGGAUGCCGGCGAGAAGAUCAAGGAUGCCUUCACCAAGCGCUGUGUCGUUGACGACCCGACUCCCUGCGAGUCUGAAAUCUCUUAA